AUGUUUUCUCAGCUUUCGAUAGGCUUGACCUGCCUGCUGCAGCUAUGUGGAACAGCUGCGCUACCAACCGAGCAAAAGCCAUUACUACUCAAUGGCCCCAAGAACGUCCAGGCUGUUCGGACUAAACUUCAACAUGCAGAGAUAAUUCCUACAGUCAUUGACGAUUUCCUACCUAGCCUCACACUCUCCGUCCUAUGGUCGGAUGCCAAGGCUAAACUCGGCAACACCGUUGACUCAGAAGAUCUUCAAGAACAACCCAGCAUCGUCCUCCACGAUGACACAAGUCCGGACGGGAUACACAAUACCUCCGACAUGAGCUAUGUCGUCACACUUACAGACCCCGACGCGCCAUCUCGCGACAAUCCAAAAUGGAGCGAGAUGUGCCACUGGAUUGCUUCCAACGUCACCACUGCGCAGAAUACGUUCUCUAUCCUACCUUUACCAGAGUUUGGCCUCACUGAACAAACUGAGUCGACUGAUGGCGGCCCAGAGGACGUGAUGGAGUACAAACCUCCAGGCCCACCACCAAAGACGGGCAAGCAUCGCUACGUGUUCCUAAUCUUUGCGCCAAAGAAUGGAACAACAGAUUCGCUGCAUUUGAGUAAGCCGGAGGAUCGUCAACACUGGGGUACUGGAAAAAAGGGUGGUGGCGUGCGAGAGUGGGCUGAGCACAAUGGUUUGGUGCCUGUCGCUGCGAACUUCAUCUACUCGCAGAAUGAUAAGCAGUAG